AUGAGGCCGUUGGCUACCGUUGUUACUGCGUUCUGCGGGCUUGUCCUGUCCAGCAGCUCUAUAGUUUCCGCCCAUUCCACCUCCACCUCGUCAAAAGCUGUGCCCCCCGCCGACUUCAAGCCCCCUCAGGUGUUUAAGAAUGCGAAUCUGGUCCGGAAUACGAAUUUAGAGAAGGGCUACGCUCGUGAGACCAUCAACGUGGUUGUCGAGAAUGUGGAUAAACAACCCCAGAGCGAGUACUAUCUGUCCUUCCCAUCGGACGUAUUCGACCGUGUUGGAGGGCUAGAAGUCCGCAAUAAGAAAGAAGCAGAGAAAGGAAGGUUUGAUGUGGAAGCUACAGAGCUUGCCUCGCCCAGUGACUUUCAAUACUUCCUUGUCCGCUUCCCUGAGCCUCUUGCUCCCUCAUCGCAGCUUACUCUUGGAAUAUCGUACUCGCUCCUGAACUCUCUCCAGCCACGCCCGGCUGCCAUUGAGCAGACGGAUCGUCAGUUCCUCACUUAUUCUUUCUCCGCAUAUGUACCCUCCGCCUACCAGACCGUGACGCAGAAGACCAAAGUCAAGUUUGGAAGUACAAAUGUGCCCGAUUACACAACGACCGAUCUCAAAUCAGGAGCGGAUCCCGAACGUCAGGGCUCGAUCUACACCUAUGGACCCUACGACACUGCCAAGGUCGCCCCGGGCACAAGCUACCCCAUUACUGUUCGCUAUGAGUUUACGAAGCCGGUGAUCACAGCCUCUCUGCUGGAACGAGACCUGGAAGUUUCUCACUGGGGUGGCAACCUGGCCACGGAAGAGCGCUACUGGCUCCAUAACAACGGCUCCAAGCUCCUAAACCAGUUCUCCCGCGUGGACUGGACUGUUUCGAACUACCAACAAGCCCCUUCAUCAGCUGUUAGAGAGUUGAAAUACCCUCUCAAGCCAGGCUCAGUGGACCCUUACUUUAUUGACGACAUCGGAAACGUCUCCACGAGCCGCUACCGCCCAGGGCUUAGGAACCGCGAUGGUAACCUGGACCUCAAACCCCGCUUCCCCAUCUUCGGUGGCUGGAACUACAGUUUCCGCAUUGGUUGGAACAACGACCUCUCGCGCUUUUUGCGCCAGGCAGCUUCCACCACCGAUUCUUAUGUGCUCAAGGUCCCGUUCCUCGAGGGACCUAAGAUGGACGAAGGUAUUCAGUACGAGAAGGUGGUUUUGCGUGUCGUCCUCCCCGAGGGUGCUCGAAAUGUGCGCUACGAGACUCUCGAAAGCACCUCCAGCAAUGGGCUGCCCGGUGCGAGCCAGAUCCAAUCGUCGUUGUCCACUCACAAGACCUUCAUGGAUACCAUUGGCCGCACCACUUUGACCCUUACUGUGGACGGCCUCACUGACGAGGCACGCGACUCCCAGCUUCUGGUUACCUACGAUUACUCCUUCUGGGAUGGAAUGCGCAAGCCCAUUACUUUUACACUCGGUCUAUUCAGUGUCUUUGCGGCAGCCUGGGCAAUUACAAACAUCGAUGUCAGCAUCAAGAAGCGAUAG